AUGGACUCGGAUUCAGACCCACCCCUUCACGAGGCAUACGAGAUGCUCCUGAGCAAGACCCGAAACAGCAACGAACAGAGUGGUUUUGAUGAUGAUCAGCUGUUGGCGGUGGAGAAGACAGAGUUGCCAGUGAUCAGUGUGAAUCAUUUAGCAGAGAGUGAUGAAGGGAGGAGGGAGGAGUGCAAGUCUGAGAUAGCGAAGGCUUCUCAAGAAUUGGGUUUCUUUCAGAUCAUUAAUCAUGGAAUUUCCAAUGAUGUUUUCAGUUGUUUGAGGGUCGAACGGGAGAAGAUAUUUAAGCAACCUUUUGAGAAGAAGAGCAAAGAGAACAAGUUCUUCAACUUUUCCGCCGAUCGCUACCGUUGGGGAGCCCCCACUGCAACAUGCAUUAGGCAGUUAUCUUGGUCUGAAGCAUUCCAUAUUCCUCUAACUGAUAUUCUGGGUUUCAGCGAAUCCAACACUUUCAGCUCAACAAUUAAAGAAUUUGCUACUCAAGUUUCUAUUCUGGCGAAAACGUUAGCUGAUAUCCUGGCCGAGAAAAUGGGUCAGAAGUGUAGUUUCUUUCAGGAGAAUUGUUUGCCCAGCUCUUGUUAUAUUCGAUUGAAUCGAUAUCCUCCAUGCCCCUUGCCUUCUGAGGUUCACGGACUAAUGCCACAUACAGAUUCGGCUUUCCUCACCAUCUUACAUCAAGAUCACGUCGGAGGUUUGCAAAUCUUGAAAGAUUGGAAAUGGAUUGCAGUCAAACCAAACCCUGAUGCCCUUGUAAUCAUCAUCGGCGACUUGUUCCAGGCAUGGAGCAAUGGAGUUUACAAGAGUCUUGAACACCGAGUUGUGACGAACCUAAAAUUAGAGAGGUUCUCUAUGGCAUAUUUCUUUUGCCCCUCUGAUGAUACAGUGAUAGAAAGCUGCACAGAGAAUUCGGAGUACAGGAACUUUAGCUUUGGGGAAUAUAGACAAGAAGUUCGAGAUGAUGUUCAGAAGUUGGGCUACAAAAUUGGCCUAUCGAAGUUUCUCAAUUAUGUCUAUGGAAAGCCAUAUAUGACCUUAUACAGACAAAUGUUAUAUUCAUAUGAAGGAAUGUUGUAA